AAACAUGAGGCACCGGAAUCUUGUCAAAGUAUUAUAUGCAUAUGCUGACGUUGAUCUUCAAUGUGAUGAUUUUAGAGCUCUUGUUUAUGAGUUCAUGAUCAAUUAAAGUCUAGAAGAAUGGUUGCAUCCAAACCAAACAUUGGAUCAGGAAGUGGAUGGGCCAAGAAAUCUUGAUCUCAUUCAGAGGUUAAACAUUGCAAUUGAUGUGGCUAACGCGCUCGACUAUUUUCACAACCAAUGCAAAAUGCCUAUUGUUCAUUGUGAUCUUAAGCCAAGUAAUGUUCUUCUCGAUGGAGAUAUGACUGCUCAUGUUGGGGACUUUGGAUUGUUAAAGUUCCUUUCUGAAGCAUCCUGUCAGUCAUCUUCGAGUCAGACAAGCUAUGUAGGAUUAAAAGGCACCGUCGGCUAUGCAGCUCCCGAGUAUGGCAUCGGAAGCGAGGUGUCAACUUUCGGGGAUGUAUACAGCUAUGGCAUCCUACUGCUGGAGAUGAUUACUGGGAAGAGACCUACAGAUAGCAUGUUCAGAGAUGGACUAGAACUUCACAGUUAUGUUAAAAUGGCCUUACCUGACCGUGUAGAUGAUGUCGCGGACCCGAAACUUCUGACAGAAGUUGAUCUGGGAAAAGGCACUGAUCAAAUCGUGGAGUGUUUGAUUUCAAUCAGCAAGAUAGGAGUGUUUUGCUCAGAAAAGUUUCCUAAAGAGAGAAUGGACACUAGCAAUGUUGUAGCUGAAUUGAAUCGAACUAAGGCCAAUUUUCUUUGAAGGCAUGGACUGCUAUCCUACAAGAAGGUUCUUGCCCUGUAGUGUCCAGACGACUUCAAAGUGAAUGGUAAGACAUGAAGAAUGGAGUCUAAAUAUUGUAACUUGCGUAUUUGCA